AUGUCUGGUGAAACUGAUGACUAUUUAAUAGCAGAGUUUCUAGUAGGAGAUUCUUCUGGUUGUAUUAUUGUAAAAGCUUUUAAUGAACAAAUCUCAUUACUUGAACCAAAUUCAAUAGUUUUAAUUCACAAUGCUCGUGUAGAAAUGUUUCGUGGAUUUAUGCGAAUAGUGAUUGAUAGAAAUGCCAAUUCAGAAAUUAAAUUGAUAGACAAUAAUGCAAUGAUUGUUGAUAAGGAUUUAUCAAUAUUAGAAAAUCUAAAUCCAAAUGUAGACGAAAAUAUUUCUUUAAUAGAAUAUCAAUAUGUACCAAAUGUUGUAAGUUAA